AUGGCGACCGAGGCUUGUUACACCAUUAUCCAUCAAGAUGAUAGCUUGGAUCAACCUUCCCUGCAAGAGCUCAAGGCGGCAUUGGAAAAGGGCUCGGAGGAAGCCAAAAUUGAUACGAUGAAAAAAAUUUUAGUCACAAUGUUAAAUGGCGAUCCGCUUCCUCAAAUUCUCAUGCAUGUCAUUCGUUUUGUAAUGCCUUCUAAGAAUAAAGUUUUGAAGAAAUUACUUCAUUUCUAUUGGGAAAUUUGUCCCAAAACGAAUCCCGAUGGAAAGCUAAAGCAAGAAAUGAUAUUGGUGUGUAACGCCCUGAGGAAUGAUCUGCAACAUCCCAAUGAAUACAUAAGAGGAGCAACGCUUCGCUUCCUUUGCAAGUUACGCGAACCAGAGUUACUGGAGCCAUUGUUACCUUCGUGUCGUUCUUGCUUGGAACAUCGGCAUUCUUACGUAAGGAAGAAUGCGGUAUUCGCAAUCUACACCAUAUACAAGCAUUUUGAAUACCUUAUCCCAGAUGCACCGGAGUUAAUUCAAAGUUUUUUAGUUGCUGAAGCCGAUCAAACAUGCAAACGAAAUGCAUUUGUUAUGCUUUGCAACACUAAUCAAUCGCGUGCGGUCGAAUAUCUUAACGAUAUAUUUGAUCAAGUUCCCAACUUUGACGAAUUAUUGCAGUUGGCAGUAAUCGAACUGAUCAGGAAGGACUGUAGAAAUAACAACAUAAACAGAGGGAAAUAUAUCCGGUGUAUUUUUGAUCUGUUAAAUGCGUCGUCGUCAUCGGUCAAAUACGAAGCAGCGACAUCACUAAUGGCACUUACACAUGCGCCCGCAGCCGUCAAAGCUGCUGCAUCUUGUUUUAUCGAGUUAAUCAUCAAGGAAUCUGACAACAACAUAAAGUUAAUUGUGUUGGAUCGAUUGGAUGAAUUGCGUGAAAAACACGAACAAACUAUGGAUGAUUUGGUACUUGACAUAUUGCGUGUUUUGACCAGGCAUGUUAAUUUGUUGAGCGCUGACAUCGAAGUCAGACGUAAAGCUUUACGUAUUGGGUUAGAAUUGGUUUCGAGCCGAAAUGUUCAAGAAGUGAUUGUUUUCUUGAAAAAGGAACUCAGCAAGACUCUCGAUCAGGAUUACGAAAAGAACAUUGAAUAUCGACAGCUUCUAAUCCAAUCGAUUCAUAGCUGUGCAAUCAAAUUUUCAGAAGUUGCCGCAAAUGUGGUUCAUGUGCUAAUGGAAUUUCUCGGAGAUAACAAUAAUCCAGCCGCGGCGGAUGUAAUAGCAUUUGUUCGUGAAGUAGCCGAGAAAUUCCCAAAUUUGCGAUCAUCCAUAACCGAAAAAUUACUCGAGACAUUUAUGGAUGUCAAAUCUGGCAAAGUAUUCCGAGGAGCCUUAUGGAUUGUUGGCGAGUAUUGUGCGGAAUGUAAAGAUAUCGAAGAUGCUUGGAAACAAAUAAGAGCAGGUCUUGGUGAGAUUCCAAUAUUGGCAUCAGAACAGCGCCUUCUUGAAGAAGUCGAAAAGGAAGAAAAACCAGAGGAUGCAAACCCAGAUACAAAAGUCGCCGGUCCAUCUUCAUCACGACGUAUUCUAGCAGAUGGAACUUAUGCUACAGAAUCCAUAUAUUCGAAUUCAUCCAAUAAUGCAAAACUUGAUGCAUUUAAAGCGGCUGUCAAACCGCCUCUUAGAAUUUUGUUGUUGGGAGGAGACUUCUUUUUUGGCACCGUACUUGCCUCGACUUUGACGAAGUUAGUGAUGCGCUAUGCAGAAGUUUCUAAUGAUCCAAAAAAAACGAACUCCUUUAGAGCUGAGGCCAUGUUGAUAAUGGCUAGCAUUAUCCGAGUAGGACAAUCGCAAUUUGUUUCUACGCCCAUAGACGAAGAUUCGUACGAUCGAAUCAUGUCUUGCCUACACGUGCUAGAGCAAUUAUCAAUUGAUGCAUCAAUCAAGAAUGUAUUUUUACAUGAUACAAAGAAGGCGUAUGCGAAAAUCGUUGAGGCGGAAGAGAAACGUAAUGCGGUAAAAAAAGCCAAAGAUAAAUCAACCGUUGCCGUGCAAGUAGAUGACCUCAUAUCCUUCAGGCAGUUUUCAAAACGCAACCUUGGAGAUGAUGCCGAUGAGUACGAGUUGGAUUUAACUCGCGCCACUGGACAGAGUGAUCCUCGUGACGAUUUGAUUUCAAAGCUUAGUCGCGUUGUCCAAUUGACCGGAUUUUCUGAUCCCGUGUACGCGGAGGCUUAUGUUAAUGUUCAUCAAUAUGAUAUUUUAUUAGAUGUCUUGAUCGUCAAUCAAACUGGGGAGACGCUUCAAAACCUAUCCAUAGAGUUUGCAACUUUAGGAGAUUUGAAACUUGUUGAGAGACCUACACAACACAAUCUUGCACCUCAUAGCUUUCAUAGUGUUAAAGCCACCAUAAAGGUUUCGUCUACCGAAACUGGAGUAAUUUUUGGUAACAUCGUUUACGAUGGUCCCGGCACAACAGAGAGCAGCUGCGUAGUUCUUAAUGACAUUCAUAUUGACAUAAUGGAUUACAUUAACCCUGCGUAUUGUAAUGAAACACAGUUCCGUAGCAUGUGGACAGAAUUUGAAUGGGAGAAUAAAGUCAAUGUUAACACCAACAUAACAGAUUUACGAGAUUACCUAGCUCAUAUAAUGAAGUCCACUAACAUGAGUUGUUUGACUCCCGAGAAUGCAUUAUCAGGAAAUUGCGACUUUUUAUCUGCCAACAUGUACGCCCGUAGCAUAUUUGGCGAAGAUGCAUUGGCUAAUAUAAGCAUUGAAAAACGGACCGACGGUGCUAUCACUGGUCACGUUCGAAUUAGAAGUAAAACACAAGGGAUAGCGCUAAGUCUUGGAGAUAAGAUCACACUGGCACAAAAAGCUGCUGCUUAA